ACAAGAUGGCGACGAAGAACUGCCACUACACUGGAAAACAAUAGAAACGGCAGCAACGGAGCGGAGCUUUAUCCUGUUCGGCGCUGCGGUUGUCUUUUCGUCGCCGGCCGGGGACCUGCCGCCGUGGCCCGCGGCGAGAGACGCUUUUGAGAGGCGCUUCGCGGAGCGCGAGCGAUUUUCUUCCCGCUUUUGUUAUGAGGCGAGUUAGCUUAGCCCGCUAGCUACAUCCGUAGCUUCGCUAUCCGAGCUCCAGCGCAGCGGAUCAGCUGUUAGCCAGCCACCGCUACCGCUAGCCUAGCUGUUUUCACAAAAGUUUCUAAAAGUCGCCGACCUAGUGUUUUAAUCCGAACGGCUGUGAUAUGCGAGGCUUCCGGGGGUGUUUUUCCGCUUUUCCGGGCUUUCUUUUAACGCGCUCUCCACUUCUGCCUCGGAAAUGAGCCUCGUUUCAAAGUUUUGUUUGAAAGUCCGUUCGCGAGUGAGCGGCUAGCUUAGCUCGCUGAAACGAAGCUCGUCGUCCGUUUAAAAAAAACCCGAGGAGGCGAGCAAAAGCUCGGCUUACAAGCCACACGCGUUCGCCGUGGAGAUUUUAGUUCAGCGGCGUUAAGUGUGUGGAGCGUGCCGCCGUUUCGAGGCCAGCUGAGCUUAGUUGGACACAAAACAUCGAAGUUUAAUCCGCGCUGACCCAAGUUCCCUCAGCUCCCUCAGCUCAGCCCGGGAGUGAAAGUUUUUGGAGGUCCAGUUGUGCUAAAGGGUAGUUCAGGCUAACACACGGUGCCUAAAGUCAAGCCAGUAAAUCUUACUUAAGAUACGGCUUUUUGUGGGCUUUCUAAGCUCCAGCGCAGACGUUUUUACGUCUCAUGGCUGGUGGCUUAACUUGUACCGUCGUUAUGUCCUGCUUGUUGGUGAAGUUGGUGCUGGGCCCUCACUUUGCGCUUCGUUGUUUGCGUUCCGAGUAGACUGACCGGGUAAGUUACUUUUCGGUUGUUCGUCUCUGUUUGUGUCAGGGCUGCUGUUAAGAAUCGUCGUUGGUGGGGAAACAACUUUGAUUUGUGGUUUUGUUGGACGGAUAGGCAGUGAUUUGUAUAGAUAACGCAACACGCCGAUGUGCGUCUGGCGUAACUGAACUGGCCAGCUUUUAACGCCAGCCCGCUAAACUAUGUUCGGAUCUCUUUUGCUGUGGUGAAGCGCUAGUCGGCAAAUAUUGACAAAAAUGGAGGCAGUCGAGUGUGUUUUGUAAAGGCAGAGUAGGAGGGGGUGAACAGUCGCCCACACAGCGAAGAAAGCAGCAGAAUCAGCAGUACAACUUGCUUGUAUCCGGAGCUCUGCUGACUUGAAAGAAGGAAAAAGAGCUUCACUACCACCACCACCACCACGCUGCCGCUGCUCCGUAACGAUGGCGGAUUUCGUGGUGCCGCGCCACAGCGCGGUGAUGGAGCGGCUCCGGCGGCGCAUCGAGCUCUUCAGGCGGCACCACAACAGCUGCGAGAACCGCUACGAGAGCACAGCAGUGGAGCGCAUGGAGCUGGAGAGACAGCAGACUUUCGCGUUGCACCAACGUUGCCUGCAGACCAAGGCCAAGCGCUCCAACAAACACCGGCAGCAGGGGCCAGCGGCUGCGGCCAGCGAGCAGGCGGGGCAGAGGGCACCUGGCACGGUGGGGACGAACUCCGAGUUGCCGGAGGGCGGCGGGGCGCCUGGAGAGCAGAGCAGGAACAGCACUCUGAUUGCGUUGCAGGAAACUGUGAAGAGGAAGCUGGAGAAUGCAGGCUCUCCACAGGGUCGUGACCAGGUGAAUGGUUACAGUGAUGGCUAUCCCCCUUCCAAGAAGUCUUGUUUGGAAGAUGCUUUGGGUGGUCUCAACGGGGCUUCGAAUGGCACUGUGCUUCCCCUCUCUCCCUUGGAUACCAAGCAUGGCGUGCUGAAUGGCACACAUGCAACAGGCAGCACGGAGCAGAACGGUGUGGGGCUGACGGAUGGAUGUGGGGUGCGGGGCACUGAAUCAGACAUCCGCCUGAAGGAGAUGAAGCAGGAACCCAUGGAAGACAUCCUGCCCACAGGAGGAGGCAAUGGCAACAUCAUCCUCCCUGACCUGAACCUGAAUGAGCAGGAGUGGACUGAGCUCAUGGAGGAGUUCAACCGCUCUGUUCCCUACGAGGAGAUCCAGGAGCUCUUUAAUGACGGCUUUGAGGACCGGAAGGACCCUGACCUGUCGUCUGGUGGAGCGCCUCCCAACCUCCUGCCUCCAGACCAUGCCACUACAGUCAAAGCAGAGUUUUCUCCAGCCCCGGCUUCGUCUUCCGCUUACGAGCAGGACUCUCGCACUGCCUCCCCGCAUGUUCCACCUUCCUCAUCUGGGCCUAUGCUGCACACUGGCUCUCCAGUCACAGCUCCCUCAGCUGCCUCUUCUCCGGCGCUGCCUGGGCCCCAGCAUUCACAACAGCAGCAGCAGCAGCCGGGCCAACCAUCCAGACCUCUCCAGAACCACCUGCUUCCUGGGCCAUCCAAGGACCUGUCGCCAGCUCAGCAGCUACAGCAGCUAGCUGCGAGGGAGCAGCAGAGGGCGCAGCUAAUGCAGAGCCAGCACCAAUCACAAAAACAACAGCAGCAAAAACAGCAGCAGCAGCAGCAGCAGCAGCAACAACAGCAAGCACCCAAAUUUCACCAGCAGCCCAAUCACACCUCCACCUGGCCUCAAAACACUCCCAACCAGAGUCCUCUAGGAGGCCCUUUUGGCCUGGAAAAGCCCACCAGCCCCUCCCUUUAUCCCCCAGACUUUCAGAACAGCAAGUCUCUGCUUAUGCCUGGCCAGCAGCCCAACAAAGGCUCGCCCAAAGCGGGCGCCCCGGGCGGGUACAUGCAGCCCGGUGCACACCCAAUGCUGGGUCACCCGGCAGCACCUUCAGGCACCCUCAGCCACCCGCCUAGUGCAGGGGGUCAGGCCAUGUUGGACUAUAGAAACACAAAGCCUCUGAGCCAUUUCGAAGCCAGUGCCCCUGGGCCACCCAGAGGCCCUGCAGCCUCGCAGACACAGAACAAAGCAGCUCUCCUCAACCUCAUCCGGCAGCAGCAGCAACAGCAGCAAAUGAAGCAAAGGCCGACUAGCAUGCCCUUCAGGCCGCAUCUACCACUGACGCAGCAGGAGCCAGGUACUUUCCCUUCAGGUCCCCAUGUCCCGGGUCCUGGCAACGGCAUGGCAACGCAGCCAGGUGGCAGCGGCAUGGCGACUAACCACGGUAACGUGCCCUAUCUGAGUGGCCUGCAGAAACAGCAGAUGCAGAUGAUUUCACAGCAAAAAUACCUCCUGGGACAGCAGAGGCAGAUAUUGGCGGAGCAGGAGAAGCAGCGGCAGCAGGAGCAGCAACUGCAGAGGCACCUGACCCGUCCGCCACCUCAGUACCAGGACCAACAGAACCCCUCUGCCCAGCAGAACCCAUUCCAGCAGCAGCAACAGGUCUCACAGUUUCCAGGUUCAUCUCAGCCUAUGGGCAAUGUGAACUCCCUCGGUGGCACCGCCCCCAGUGCUCAGCGUCUCUUCACACAGGCACAAGGUAUGAUGGGGAUGGGUCAGGGCGGAGGCCCCACUCCUGGUGCCCCUCCUACUGCCAGUCAAGCGGACAUGAGCCUGCCAUCCUGCGCAGGUGGACUUGAUGUGCAGCAGGUUCUGUAUGGCAACAUGCCCAUGCACCCAUCCCACCCUAACCAGCAGAGACUGCCCGUGUCAGCCAUGUCUGCGGCCUACAGACAGACUGCUCUGGCCCAGCAGCAUGCCCAUCUGAAGAGUCAGCCCAAUGCUGCCUUGCUGAAACAGCAACAGCAGCAGUUAGCUCGCCUGCCCAACAGUAUGCCCAACACACUAGCGAACAACAUGAACUCAGCCAUGUCCAGCUCCAUGCCCAGCAGUAUCCCAGGUGCGAUGGCACCACAAGCCCAGUCCUGGCAGCAGCAGCAACAGCCUCAUCCUGCUCUACAGCAGGGCAUGGCAGGUCAGCCGAAUCCCAGCAACAGUGGCAUGCCUUCUGGCUUCCCCACCUCUGGAUUCCACAUGCAACCACGGAUGCCUAAGCUGCCCAACAGUGCUCCAUUCACACAGGCCGGUAUGGGGAACAGUGCGGCCAGCAGGGCCAUGACGGGCAUGAACCCUGGGCAGAUGAUGCCCAACAUAGCCCAACAAAGGACCAACAGUGCUGGCAUGGGGCAGCAACUGCCUCCUCCCAACCAGCAGCAGCAGCAGCCACAACAAGGACAGCAAGCGCCAUCUCAGUCGCAGCAAGUGCUUCCUGACUUGGGGGCUUUCGGGCAGCCGCAGGGCACUCAGGUGCCCAACCGCACUGCAGGCAUGCCGUGCAACCAGGCCUACCAAGUCAACCAGUCAGCCGGUCAGCAGCUGCAAUUUGGCUAUAGCUCCCAGCCGGGAGGCAGUUUACCAAGCUUCCCUGGGGAGAACGACCUCGUAGACUGGAAGAACCAAUCAACCCAGGAGUGGAUGGACGAUCUGGAUGCGCUGUUGGCUAAUCAGUGAUUUUGUGAUCAUACCAGUCAGUCACAAACUUGCAUUAUCCAGUCAAGGGAGUGCUAAAGGCAUUGCCAGUGAGUUCUCCAGACAGUUGUCACAGUAGAAUGAAAUUACUGGAACUGCUGUUUUGUUUUUUUUAUAUUGCGUAUAUAUACGUGAUAUGUAUAUAAUAUAAGACGCGUGUGGGGCACAGGACCAAAAGCCUGUGUAUAUCGAGUAUUCCCAGGGCUGGAAUGAAAUUGUGGAGGAAAAAAAAAAAGCCUACUACUGAACCUGUGGCUCAGUACUAAAACCACUGAAUCAUACCCAAAUGUGAUGGGUAUGGGUCAACACACACACACACACACACACACACACCCUUAACUCGCUCAUUCACUGCUUUUUUUGCCUUGUUUUGGUGUUAGGCUGCAGCCAGACUACCUACUUUUGCCUGAAUCUGUUUUCCAUUGCUUGUGUGUCAGCACAGGGGCCAGACUGGCAGAGGUCUGAAUAUUCCCUGUUUUUUUUUUUUUUUUUUUUUUUUUUUUUUGCUAUGGACAUGGACUACAUUUGAUGUGAUAAACUGACAGAAGAGAUACUUGGAGACCCUUUACGUGUAGUCCCACAAGCCUUAGUCCUGCAUCAGUGGCCUUGAGGUGAAUAUCUUCGAUGAACACAUUUAGGACUGAUUUUAAAGGUAACAAGGAAAAGUAGAGGAGGAAUUUUCCUUUCUCCUCGUUUUUGUGUUUUGGCACCAGAAUCUCAACAGUUGUACUGAUUCCUUGCUUACUGAACGUGAUGAGUUAACAUGUUCUGUGGAUCAGCAGCGAGGCUGAGGCUGGCGAAUAAACAGAGUCGAGGCCCCACAGGCUGAAGCAUUACACUACAACACUAACAUGAAAACACAUAGGAGAUCGUUUCUCUUUAACAUGUUACACUAAAGCAGAAUCCUCUGCCAUGUUUCCGAAUUACGGGACAGUAUCCCGUAGAUUAAGAUGGUUAACCCCCCCACACCCCCUUCCCUUCCCGCAUGUUACAUUGGGGUAGGUGGGUCCAUCCAACCUGAGAAAUGAGUGUUCGUUUGUUCUGGGUCUCAGCUGUCUGCAUCUAAGAAGCGUGCUCAUUUCAGUAUCUGACAGGGCUUCUGGUUUAUUUAUAUAUAUUUUUUUGUAUGUAUGCGUUUCCUAAUGUUCCGGAGAAAAUAGAUCUUAUUUUUAUAUGUACAUUGUUGCGAUUUUUCUUUUUUUCUUUUUUUUUUGUAAGUAUUUUAUACUUUUUAUUAUUGUUCUCUGCAAAAACAAGAGUAUUAUGUAAAUAUAGUUCUUUAGAAACAGUCGUGCGUGGUGUGUUUUGUAUAUCCUGUUCCUCGGGACUGCUGUUUCUGUUUUGUGAUGCUUGUGGUUUGAAAGAUACCAGCUGGUUCAUUAGAGCGAUGCUCUAUGCGCUGCCGCAGGUACUGUAUUCAUAAAAUUUGUGUUUCACAGCAGAUCGUAAUGGCUCUGUAGUGGACAUGCUGAUAUUUGGCAAUUAGUUCUGAGGUUUUGGACACAAAAAAAUAAAAAUUUACAUUGACUACA